CAUCACUCUUAUUCUUACACUACUACUCCACUGAGUUAUUGGAUAUAUAUACAAUACAAUAGGUUGGAAGAAAUUAAAAAGUGGGCAUUAUUAUUAUGGCCAAUAAUUCUAUUCUAUCAUCAUCACUAAUCUGUUGCUUAUUAUUUCUUUUGUUGAAUCACCAUUAUUGGAUCUUUGUUGAAGCUGCUCCUUCAGCUUCUCUUGUUACACAACUCCCUGGCUUUGAUUCCAAUUUCCCAUCCAAGCAUUACUCCGGAUACAUAAAUAUUGAUGGAAGUGGUGAGAAUGGGAAGAACCUGUUCUACUACUUGGUUAGUUCAGAAAGAAAUCCAAAGAAGGAUCCACUUGUUCUGUGGCUCAAUGGUGGUCCUGGCUGCUCUAGUUUUGAUGGAUUUGUUUAUGAGCAUGGACCGUUCAACUUUGAGGCAGCAAAAUCAAAAGGGAGUCUCCCCACUUUGCAUACUAAUCCUUACAGCUGGUCUAAGGUUUCAAAUAUAAUAUAUUUGGAUUCUCCAGUGGGGGUUGGGCUCUCAUACUCCAAGAACUCGACCAAAUAUGUUACUGGGGACCUACAAACCGCGUCUGAUACCCAUGCUUUCCUCCUAAAGCAUCAUUAA